ACUACUUAUUCAUAUUUUUUUUCAGUUAAUUUUUGAGUCUCCCCUGAAUAAUUUCCGGCAUUAACGCAAUGGACGUCAAUCUCCGUGUGCUCCUGGCUGCGCUUCUGUUUCUGGCUGGCAUUCACGCUCGCUCGACUCCAGAAAACAUGGAAGUGAUCAAGUUAUGCGAAACAUUAGAACCCGAAUGUGUCAGGAAACUGGACAUCUGCGCCGCCAUUAUGACUCCUGAUGAGAAAAUGGAGGAGAGGCUCCGGCUUACCGCCUUGACUUGCUUGCUCGAAGUCACCGGAAUAGAUAUCAAGAAAGCUGCCUCUCUUCCUCGAAUGGGUGACCUGCCAAAAGGACCUCUGAAGUCUAUAAAAUCUUGCGUCAGUAAAGUGAUGAUGGAGUUCCUGACGGCUGCGACGGCGAAGGAGGAGGAGGGCGUGCGGAAUGCGCUACUGAAUUCCUUCGAGAAAUGCGAUAUGAUUGGAAUGAGGAGCUGUAUGUUGAACGAAUGCAUGGAAGCGCUUCCUGACGCGGUUAACAAACAGCUUGAGUAGAUUGACUCGUCUCUUUUGCACUGAAAUAUAUAUAUAUAUAUAUAUAUAUAUAUAUAUAUAUAUAUAUA